AUGUCGACAAAUAGUUUGAAAAGUCUAUUCACUUCUUCUAUUCGAACUGGCAAUAUUGGAAAGUUUCGAAAUAUAAUAAAUUCAAUAAAUAUAUCUGACCAAAUCACAUCAACUGGCUGGUAUACGGCAUUGAAAAGAGCUCUAAAGUACAAACAUUUCAAAAUAGCCAAAUUGCUUCUUGCGAACCACGCCAACGUUUUUAAAACUUCUGAUCCACGCUUAAAUCCGUUGCUUCAUUACACUAUAAAAAUUGGAAAUCUAUCAAUCGUCAAACUACUUUUGGAACGAGGUGCUGAUGUUAAUUCCGAAGAAUCAAAUGGUGUUACUGCACUUCACGUUGCUGUUUUACAUCAACAUUUGACAAUUGUUCAGUGUUUAUUGAGAGAAGGUGCGUUGGUCAAUUUGAAAUGUACUUUGCCUGACAAAGCUGGUUAUACAGCACUUCAUUUAGCUUGCGAAAUUCCCAAUGAUGACUUUGCCAGAGUAUUGUUGGAUAGUGGAGCCGAUGUCAAUUCAAAAUCAGUGGACGAUAUACAGCCAAUUCAUAUCGCUGUUUUAUGCGAAAAUAAAAAAAUUAUUCACUUGCUUUUGGGUCGUGGCGCAAAUAUUAACUCUCAUUACCAAGACUAUAAUAUACAAAGUAGAUAUUUUUAUCCACCGACACUAUUGAGUUUUGCUGUUCAGACUAAAAAUUUAAAUGUUGCAAAAAUAUUGAUAAAAUAUGGAGCUAGUAUCUAUGCUCAAGAUGACAAUGGGAAGACUCUAUUGAUGUAUGCAGUUGAAAAUAAUGACAUAGAAAUGGUGAAGCUUCUCUUGAGCAACGGAGCUGCUGUUAAUGAUUUUGACAAUGUGGGAAGAACGGUGCUCAAUUUACUGACUUGUAAUAAUACUUUAUGUAAAUAUAACUCUAUUUAA